GAGAGUUUACAAUGUUAUAAUCUUAAGUGUCCUUUUCUUCCUUUUUAGAUGUAGGUAGAUACAUGUGUGCAAUUCAAAAUAAAUGGCAUGCUUUUAUCAUUUGUGUGUGUGUAGAACAUUUAACUCGUCCCAAGUCAACUGAUGUAUAUCUGUAUAUGUUCUCCUUCAAAGUAAAGAUGCUGUGGAGUCUAGUGUUAAUCUCUUUGAUCGGUAAGUAGCUCACUGUGUGUGUGUGUGUGUGUGUGUGUGUGCAUAUCGGUUAAUAAUUGAGUUGUAGGGCAGGUUCACAAAAACGUCAACCAACGAUGAACUCAAUUUACUGCAAAUUGUUGACGAUAAUGAUGGGUGAGUAUUCUGUGCUUAUGCUGUGUUAACCAGCACUGAUGUCAUCAUUUCCAGUAACUGGACAUGGAAAAUUUAAAUAAAGAUACAUGACCGUAAAAACAGAUGGGACUUGAUGCAUUUUUGCACCACACUCGUGCAAAAAAAAAAAAAAAAAUACUUUGACUGUUUUCCUCUACAGCUCUCUGCAGCGUGAAUACCUUAACUGAACUGAAGGGGAAAACAUCCCAGUCGUCAGACUACACUGGUGGUGAUGAUGGUGGUGAUGAUGUUCAUGAUGAUGUUGAUGAUGAUGGUGACGAUGGUGCAGGUGUAGUACACAGUUCUGAAAGAGCCGUUGAUGGGAAACUCCAGACUUGUUCUCACACCCAAAAAAAGAUGGACUCCUGGUGGAGAAUUGACCUGCGGGGUGUCUACACAAUAGAUAAUAUCACUAUCAAUCAAAAAAGUAGUCAUAAUACUGAUCUCAACAGUGCCAAGAUUUACAUCGGGAACUCUCGAGAGAAGAACGGCACCGCCAACCGCCUGUGUACAAGCAUCAAAGACAUCCAAUAUCCGAAGCCUAAAUCAUUUCAUUGUGAUGAGUUAUUGUCAGGGCGCUUCAUCACUGUGUCCUUACCGGGAACACAUUUCUUGGCUCUGUGUGAAGUGAAGAUCUACGGCACAGAAAAAAAAUCAACCUUUGAGUUGAUCCGCAUAAACAAGACAUGGGUAGAUGCGCUGGACUACUGCAGGGCCAGAGGCACGACCCUGGCUUCCAUUGUUGACGAAGACACCCAGACCUGGGCUGAGUUGCAGGCCAGCAAUUCCAACUCUCCCUUUGUGUGGCUGGGCCUUCGAUACACCUGCACCCUCGACUUCUGGUUCUGGGUGGAGAAUCUUCCCGUAACUUUCCGUCACUGGGCUCCAAACGGUACGAUAGACGAUUGUGACAUGAGUGGUGCCAUGGAGAAACACGAGAACCAUUUGUGGUUCAGCAAAAGUGCUGCCAGUGCAUUUAAUUUCUUAUGCAUAAAAUAAGAGAAAUCAAUGUUUUCGCAGCUCUUUUUUGGGGGUUACUAGUGGCAUUGAUGUGUGUGUGGCCCUGCAGCUUCAUGGCUUAAAACAAAACCAAUAUUUAUUAGUAGCUAUAACAGUUUAUUCAAAGCUAGAUCCAGCAAUACGGCCUGGGCCUCCAGCAGCUUGGUGUAGGUGUUGUAUUGCAAAUGUUUACAGUACAGUAAAUGUAUCAUUCUUUUCCAAUCAAUUAGACUGUAAUAUAUUGAUUAUAUGAUAGCCAAAUGUUUUUGAGGUCCAUAAACUUUUCAAAUGUUUUAAAAAAAAGUGUUACAGCAUCAAGAAAGUUUAUUUAUUAUUAUUCUCUCUUAAAAAAAUGUAUGAUCCUUAUUUCUGUAACUAAUGCUGAUAUAUAUAUGCUAAUAAAAAAUAUUCAAUUCAGUUUAUUUUAAUCACAAAAUCACAAAUUACAAAUUCCCCUCAGAGGGCUUUACAAUCUGUACACAUGCAACAUCCCUGACCUUUGACCUCACAUCGGAUCAGGGAAAAACUCCCCAAAAGCGUAUAUCAUAUAUUAUAUGUAGUGAACCCGUUGCUUAUCAAAAAAAGGUCAAUAUGGUUGCUUGAAGAAUAAUUUAGAUAUAUGUGUGUGUGU